AUGGACAAAAAAAAUGUGAAACUGCUCCGAUUACUUAGAGAAAAGAUAAGUAGUGAUUAGUAUUUGAAAGGAUGUGUCAGCACAGGAAGGGGAUGUGUAGAAAAAUUAUGGUCAUGUAAUACUUAGAAUUAAGAUAUUAUAGGUUAUAUAGGGUCAGAUGGAAUUUGUGAAUAUGAGGAGAAGUUAGAAUUUGUGAAAAUGGAUUAUUCAAUUCAGCUGAGGAUUGCUAAAAAUAUAAAAUUGGUUAAGUUGCUAUAGCAAAAUCAUGAGUAACUACUUUGCAAAAUUUUUCAAGUUAUAAGGGAAAUAAAAAUACUUGUUUGUGAUUAAUAGGUUUAGAAGGGAUGUGUAAAGGAAUAGAUGAUAAUUAAUAGUAAACAUGUGGCAGAUGAAUAAUUAUAGAAAAUAUCGAAANGUAUAUUAUAUAAUAAUAAUUAGUAUAUUAAAUAAUUUAUGAAUCCUUUUUGUUGUUUAUUCUAGUUUAUGUGGAGUCCUCUCUCUUAAUUAAAAAAUUUUCCUAGAAUAUAUUGAUGAUUUAAAAUUAAGAAAAAGGGGAUACUUUAAAAUCGUCUUAUUUAAAUUGA